GUUACUGCUAUUGCCACCACCUCUGAGGCACCCGAUAUGGUUUUGUCAGCUUCUCGUGAUAAGACCGUCAUCGUCUGGCAACUUACCAGAGAUGAAGUCAACUAUGGUGUCCCUCGUAAGUCCCUUGUCGGCCACUCCCACUUUGUUGAAGAUAUUGCCAUCUCUUCUGAUGGUCAAUUUGCUUUAUCUGCUUCUUGGGAUCACACUCUUCGUCUCUGGGACUUGAACACCGGAAAGACCACUCGUCGUUUUGUUGGCCACACCAACGAUGUUCUUUCCGUCUCUUUCUCUGCCGAUAACCGUCAAAUCGUUUCCGGCUCUCGUGAUAAGUCCAUCAAGCUCUGGAAUACCCUUGGUGAGUGCAAGUACAACAUCACCGAAGAUGGUCACACCGAAUGGGUCUCUUGUGUCCGCUUCUCUCCUAACCCUGCUACUCCUCUCAUCGUCUCUGGUGGUUGGGACAAGAUCGUCAAGGUUUGGGAUCUUACCAAGUUGAAGCUUCGUACCAACUUCAUUGGCCACAAUGGUAAUGUCAACACAGUCACUAUCUCUCCUGAUGGCUCUCUCUGUGCUUCUGCCGGUAAGGAUGGUGUUGUCAUGCUCUGGGAUCUUAGUGAUGCCAAGCACCUUUACUCUCUCGAAGCCAACGCUCCUGUCAACGCUCUUACUUUCUCUCCUAACCGCUACUGGCUCUGUGCUGCCACAGCUAACGGUAUCAAGAUCUGGGAUCUCGAGACCAAGUCCAUCGUUGACGAGCUUCGUCCUGAAUUUGCUCAAUUGGGUAAGAGAAAGAACCCUGAUCCCGAAUGUUUGUCUGUUGCUUGGAGUGCUGAUGGCGCCACUCUUUUCUCUGGUUACUCUGAUAACAUCAUCCGUGUCUGGCAAGUCACCCGUACUCUCUAA